UGCCGCACCGAAGCACUUCCAGGCGACGGGGUCUGGCUUUGGCUGGAGGAGCGGCGAGAAAGAAGAGAUUUGAGAUCAUUGGAGGCACAGUUGGUGAUUUCUGCUAUGGCUGCUGAUCUGGACUUCACACCCCCGGAAAUCCCAGAGCCAACAUUCAUGGAGAACAUCCUACACUAUGGCCUUUUUUUGGGAGCCAUUUUCCAGCUCAUCUGUGUAUUGGCCAUAAUCCUCCCUACACCAAAGUCACAUAAAACUGAUACAGAAGGCUUUGAACUGAAAGGCUCAGAAGUGGUGAAAAAAAACAAAGCUGCUGCUGCAUCAACAAGCAAGAAACCAAAGAAAGAAACGAAGAAGAAACGAUAAAACACUUUUGCAACAAGCAUAAAGGAUGUGUCAACAGCCAUCAAACUUUCUAUGAUACAUUGGCGAACAACAACGUAACAUUAAAAAGUGCCCAAGGCAGCGGUGCUUAUAUCUUCAUUUCUGGUAUAGAGAAGUACUUUUUAAAAGGCAUGACAAUUAUUGUUUCAUCUAAUGUGUUAUAUAAAUACCUACUGAAUUUCAUUCCUUAAGAUGGAACAUCAUACCAAGAACUGGAGGUGGGUGAAAGGGGGAUAUUUCCUUUAUGACGCUUGGGAUGUGAAGUGCAGGUCCUAUAAAAGGAAAUCAGACCACGCAAAAAGCCUCCCCCCCUCCGUUCAUAAGGGCAAAGGGAUCAAGUAGUACACUUCUGUAUUUUGUAUGUUAAUGAUGAGCUUAAUGUACUUGAUUUUGUAAUAUAAUUAUCAUAUUUUCACUUUGUUAAAAAAGUCUCUUGAUUCUAACAAUGGUUUUCCUGAAUUUAA